UAAGUUGGCAAGUCAGCCAUAUUGCAGCCAGAGGGGAGCAGUGCAGCACCCGGGGAAGGCUCAGUACAGAGAGGGCACCUCGGGCAGUGGCUGGCAGCGUGAAGGGUCUGCUGUAAGAUUGGUCCUGGAACUUACACCAUUUUUAUCUUGUGGCAAAAGACACUGAAAAAGAACCAACCAUGCCGAAACCGGUCAAUGUUCGGGUUACCACUAUGGACGCAGAGCUGGAAUUUGCCAUACAGCCCAGCACUACUGGAAAACAACUUUUUGAUCAGGUGGUUAAGACUGUGGGCCUGCGUGAGGUGUGGUACUUUGGACUGCAGUACACAGAUUCGAAGGGAUUUCCGAAUUGGCUGAAACUUGACAAAAAGGUAUCCGCACAGGAGGUGCGAAAAGAGAACCCGCUCCAGUUCAAGUUUCGUACCAAAUUCUAUCCUGAAGAUGUGUCUGAGGAGCUUAUCCAAGACAUCACUCAGAAACUGUUCUUCCUGCAAGUCAAGGAAAGUAUCCUGAGUGAUGAAGUGUACUGUCCCCCAGAGACUGCUGUGUUGCUUGGCUCCUAUGCUGUACAAGCCAAGUUUGGGGACUAUAUCAAAGAUACACACAAAUCUGGCUAUCUGAACUCAGAACGUCUCCUGCCACAAAGAGUUUUGGAUCAGCACAAGCUUUCCAGGGAGCAGUGGGAAGAGAGGAUAGAGGUGUGGCACUCAGAGCACCGCGGCAUGCUCAAAGAGGAUGCCAUGCUGGAAUACUUGAAGAUUGCCCAAGACUUGGAGAUGUAUGGCAUCAACUACUUUGAAAUUAAGAAUAAAAAGGGGACUGACCUCUGGCUGGGAGUGGACUCUCUGGGCCUAAAUAUUUAUGAGCAUGAUGACAAGUUGACCCCAAAGAUUGGAUUCCCCUGGAGUGAAAUCAGGAAUAUAUCCUUCAAUGACAAGAAAUUUAUAAUCAAACCCAUAGAUAAGAAGGCACCUGACUUUGUCUUUUAUGCUCCACGCUUGAGAAUCAACAAGCGAAUCUUGCAGCUCUGCAUGGGUAAUCAUGAGCUGUACAUGCGGCGCAGAAAGCCAGACACCAUUGAAGUGCAGCAGAUGAAAGCACAGGCCAAGGAAGAGAAAACACAAAAGCAUCUGGAACGACAGCAGCUUGAAAACGAGAAAAAGAAGAGAGAAGCAGUUGAGAAAGAGAAGGAACAAAUGAUCAGAGAGAAGGAGGAGCUCAUGCUCAGGUUGCAUGAAUACGAAGAGAAGACUAACAGGGCGGAAAGAGAACUGUCUGAACAGAUCAAGAGAGCUCGGGAACUGGAGGAAGAGAGGAUGAGAGCUCAGUUAGAAGCAGAGAGACUGGAGGCUGAACGUAUUGAGGCCCUCCAUGCCAAGGAGGAGCUGGAGAGACAAGCUCUGCUCCAGUUGAAGAGCAAAGAGCAGCUGGCAUUGGAGCUGGCAGAGUAUACAUCCAGGAUUACUCUACUGGAAGAAGCAAGGAGAGCCAAGGAGGAGGAGGUUGGCGAAUGGCAACUUAGGGCAAAGGAAGCCCAACAUGACCUGCUAAGAACAAAGGAAGAGCUUCAUAUGGUAAUGAGCGCCCCACCACUUCCUCCACCAAUGCCCCCACCACCAGUAUAUGAGCCGGUGAGAGCAUAUGUCAAUGAGCACCUGCAAGAUGAUGGAGUGGAAUACAGUGCAGAAUUCACCUAUGACAAUUUCCAUGAUGACCGCAAAGAGGAAGAGCGCAUCACUGAAGCAGAGAAGAAUGAGCGCGUACAGAAGCAGCUAAUGGCUUUGACAGAUGAGUUGUCUCAAGCACGGGAUGAAACCAAGAAGACACACAACGAUCUUCUACACACAGAAAAUGUGCGAGUGGGUCGCGACAAGUACAAGACCCUGCGGCAAAUCCGACAGGGCAACACCAAACAGAGAAUCGAUGAAUUUGAAGCAAUGUAAACGAUGUCACCAGACAGUCACAUCUCCUUAGAGGAUUGUAUUAUUGCUAUAUAGGGUCUAUGCAUGAUAAAAUUGGAUAGUUGACCCUUAAUUGCUGCAAAAAAAACCCCCAGCUUGAAAAUACAUAUUUCUCUUUAUUGCCCGUUCUUAAGCCAGCUCCAUGCUGAAAGCAUAAUACUAAAACAAUGCACCAUAGGGGCCAAACUGCAAACACUCAUUUGCACCAUGCAAUUAUUUAAGUAAAUAAUUAUUUAACUAUAAGUUGGUAAACCAUGUCCAAUAACGUAGCAGUUAAACUAAUGGUGCCAAAAGGCUAUUUGUUUUUUUUUUUUAUUGUGGAGCAUCAAAAAUAUUUUAUAAAGCUUGAUUUCAUUUUGAUACAGUCACUUCUUUCUGGCACCAGAUUAGAUCUACACUUAUGACAAUGGGUCAUUUUUGUUUAUAUUUUUUCACUGUAAAUCGCAUUGGUAUAUAUAUGCCUAUGAUUAAAGAAUUCUUUGGUGAAUAUUGUGCCAUACAUUUUUCUGUGUAAGUUUUCUUUUUCACCACAAACUAAAGAUAUGUAUUUACCCCACUGAUGGCUGACAUACAGUAUAUAUAAAGGGAAAUCAUAUUUUUGAGUGUUAAAUUUAAAAACAAAAUAAAAACAGUGUCAAAUAUUUUGUUAUGAAAACAUUGUGGGAAUAUUUACAUUUUGACACUAAUAUUCUUUAUGCCUCAAAUAUAUUUGUAUUCAUUUCUCUCUGUACUCUGUAUUGACUUACUGUAAAAUCUAUAUAAUACAGUCAGCAAAGACCAUAGUAGGCAAAAGUAUAGCUUUAAAUCAUACAGAAUGUAAAGUGCCACCUGAUGCAUGAUGGGAGUAGCUGAACUUUCCUGAUGUCUGAAAGAGGGAUUGGAUGGAACGGUAUUGCAGCCCAUAUUAAGGUUACCACGCAGCAAGAAGUGCAUUGGUAUACAAGUUGCUGCUUAUCUGUGCUUUCAGAAUGAAUAAACUACUUCAUGUUGAACUGUAUUUAUAGUAUGUUGCUGUAAUUAGUGCAUUAAUAAUGUAAUACAUUGCAUGCACCUGCACUAAUCUAUUUAAGCAUACAUCUGUUUAUCCACUCUCCCCCUUUGUAGUGCUAUCCUGAGCACAGAUUUAACUAUCAAUACUGUAACGUUGGGACCGUCUCAACAAUCACAAGCAAUUAAUUUUUUACUAUUCUAGAUCUGACCCAGAAUAGCCCGUUUCCACCUCUUUGACUAGUAUUUCUAUAUACCACAUGACCCAGAUCUGAAAGUUAUACUUUUACAUCAUGAUAAAAGAGUGACUGCUGGUACUAUAGGUGAUUUUUUAUUUUAUUAAUAUAAAUCUUUUGGGAUACUUUUACGGGCUCUGAUACAGUAAGAGUGAUAUAUAUUAUAAAAAAAGACAAAUCAGACUGCUGUAGGAUUUAGUAUUUUUGUAUAUUAUAGAAAAAAGUUUUUAAAUGUAAUCGAAAAAAAGAUAAAGUUUGCAUUGUAUAUUUUGUUAUCUUUUGCAGAUCAAGAAUAAAUUACAUAUGUAAAGUUU